GCCAGAUUGUGUGUCACGUGAGCCAUAUCCAUGGUAGCCGAUUUUGUCCUUGGGUUACGUUGACAUGUGGAGAGGACGAUGUCUUUUACGAGAAAACCUGGUGGGAAGGCAUUAGAUAUUUUGCAGAAUUUGCCUCGUAUUUCAUUAGCAAACUUACGACCUGAACCGGGGACCAAGAAGGCUGAGAAGAAACGAGGCAGAGGUCAACAUGGAGGAAACAGAAGUGGCCGGGGUCACAAAGGGGAGAGGCAGCGAGGCAACCGACCUCGCCUGGGGUUCGAGGGGGGUCAGACUCCCUUCUAUCUAGCCAUCCCCAAAUACGGCUACAAUGAGGGACACAGUCGGCGGGCUCAGUACCAGCCCCUGACCCUGAACAGGCUGCAGUAUCUGAUUGACCUGGGCCGGGUUGACCCCACUCAGCCCAUUGACCUGACUCAGCUGGUUAAUGGCAGGGGAGUGACCAUCCAGCCACAGAAGAGGGACUAUGGUGUUCAGCUUGUUGGCGAGGGUGCUGGUAUCUUUGCGGCGAAAGUCAACAUAGAAGUUCAGAUGGCAUCUGAAGAGGCCAUUGCUGCCAUUGAGAGAAACGGGGGGAUGGUCACUACAGGUUUCUAUGACCCCAGAAGCCUUGCGGUCCUCUGUAAGCCUGUCCCAUUCUUCAUAAGUGGACAGCCCAUUCCAAAGAGAAUGUUGCCUGGGGAAGACAUGGUCACCUACUACACAGAUGCUACCAACCGGGGUUACCUGGCAGAUCCAGAGAAGAUUCAAAAGGCACGGAUAGCCUUGGCCCGGAAGUAUGGCUACGUUUUACCGGACAUUUCCAAAGACGAAUUGUUCCACAUGCUCUCUAUGGUAAAGAACCCCAGACAGAUCUUCUUUGGCCUCUCGCCAGGCUGGGUAGUCAACAUGGCCGAGAAGAAGAUACUGAAACCGACUGAUGAUAAACUGCUCCAAUAUUACAGUUCAUAAAUGAUUCAAAUUAACAUGCUCCGUUGAUGUACAUAAAUGUCAUGAUUUUUUGUGUGAUUUUUUUUUUUUUUUACGGAAUGUCUCUGAGCACAACUUGACAAUAGAUUCAGCUUUUCUUAACACCACUGAUCUACUGCGUGUGCUGUAUUAAAUGUUCAUCAUUUAGUGCCA